AUGUCUAGGCCUUCCUCGCACCGACAGCUGUGCCAGAGGGUCGCCCAGCACGUCGUGCGCCGCGAGGGCGGCGCUCAUGUUCUGGGUGGCUCCGGCGAGGGUGAGGACUUGCCGGUGCGCCUUGAGGCGCCCGGCGCCCGCUGGGGCGGUGUUGAGGUGGUGAAAGCCGGAGAAGGCUUAUGUGCCGACGAGAUUGCCAACUCCGCCUGCACCCCCGGGCCUCCGUCCCUCGGCUUGAAUGGCUGGUUCUCGUCCUUCGUGGGCGAGAGCCCUCCUGCCGCAGCACCCGCCCAGAAGUCGUUGCUGCAGCUGUUUCGCUACUCGGGGCGGAGGUCGUUUGUCGCUGCUGCCGGAGUGGGUGGCGGUGAGCCAGCUGGAGCCUUGUCGCCCCGCGGGUCCUCGAGUAUAGCGAUCACGUUCAUGAUCGGUGGCACUCUGGGCUGGAUAGCUUGCAACAUCUUGAAGCCACUGCAGCACUUCAGGGGCUUGAUCAUGGCCUUCUGCUUAGCAGGUACAGCAGGAAACCUGCUCCUGAUCAUUGUCCCGGCUGUAUGCGACAAAGACCGGAACCCGUUUGGGGAUGAUUCAAGCACUUGCCGCUCACGCAGUCUCUCCUACUUGUCCUUGUCCAUGGCUCUAGGUGGCCUCUUCAUAUGGACGCACACGUACAGCCUAAUGCAGAAGUCCGGCAAGCUAUAUAACAAAAUGCAGUCUAAAAGAAUCCAGUGCCUAGCCGACAGCAACGAGGAGCAUGAGCAAGCGAAAGAAGAUGGGUCAGCUGGCUGCGCUGACAAGGAGGCACCUCUUCCGACGUCAAUCAAGCCUCGCGAGCACGAGCACGGGGAAGAGAAAGAACACCAAAUGGAGGCCCCUCUCUUGUCCUGCGAGAGCGAGGUCACUGACAAAGGGUUCUGGACGAAGCUGAAAGACGCUAUCCACCAGUUCAUCGAGGAGAUGAUGGCACCGCCCACCAUAUCCACAAUAAUUGGGUUCCUUGUUGGCCUGGUCCCUUGGCUAAAAUCCCUAAUCGUCAGCGAUGGAGCUCCUUUCAAAGUUAUACAGGAUUCCCUCCAGCUGAUGGGCGACAGCACGAUCCCUUGCAUCACCCUUAUCCUAGGCGGAAACCUGACUCAAGGGCUUCGGAAGUCGGGGCUGAAGCAUGCGGUGAUCGUCGCAAUCCUGUGCGUCCGCUUCGUGCUCCUCCUGCUGAUCGGCAUCGCCGUCGUCCGCACCGCGUAUGGGCUCGGCUUCGUGCCUCCCACGAUGAACAUCGGAACAAUGGCUCAGCUGUUCGACGUUGGACAAGAGGAAUGCUCCAUGAUUUUUCUCUAGACGUACCAUGUUGCCGUGGUUGCGCUGACGGCGUGGUCGACGAUCUUCAUGUUCGUUCUGUCUUGA